AUGCAGAACAGCAGGUUACACAGCCACAAUGACAAGACGGAGGCAGAUGGGUUUGUUUAUGUGAAUGAAGAUGACCAGUAUUCCUCCACGUCUUCUAGGUGUUCUUCUCGAGGCAUCAAGAGGAAAUCCUUUUUUGAUGAAGCUACUGACAUAACCCAAUCUACCAAAAAGCCUGUACGGCCAUGUGAAAGAUCUGGAUGUCCAGCAUCUAUACCAAUCUGUUUUGCUAAUUCUACAGAGAAGUGUGUUGGAAGUGGCUAUACAUCCCGGUGGCAUCACAUCUCUGCCGGAGAACAUUUUUGUAAUGAAUGCUUUGAGUACUUUUAUAGAAGUCACAAAUCAGGUUAUGAAACAUUUUGCAAAUGGAAGCGGGAGUGGUCUUCAAAGGGCAAGGCGGAGGCCUCGAUUUGUGUGUUUCUGGCUGACAAUCUGCUGCCAUUUUGGGUGCAGUGCACACGUUCAGAGUGCCAAAAAUGGAGGCAGCUAUCUCGGGAUGUUGACUUCACUCCAGAUUUCAUUCGCAAAUUUAAAUGUGGAAUGACUUCAGAAGGAAAAACGAAAGAAAAACAGUUGGAAGCAUGUGCAGUUCCAGAGGAUCAUACUAUUCUCCCGAUGCUAUUGGACACUGCCCUACAGAUACUACAUACCUUCAUCCUCGGAGUGAUAAAAAUUCAAGCUAUAGCAAAGUUUGGGAGAUGUUACGCCAACCUUUCACACAGCCUGACCAGGCAGACAUUGCAUACAGUUUUAUGGAAUCUUAAUAUAAAGGUCAAGGAAAGUACCAACUCACCAGUGAGGCCUCCAAGAUAA